UCGGCGGUGGCGGGCGGUGAGGGGACGGCGGAGGGCCGGCAGCGCCAGCUCGAGUCCCUCAUCCGCGACCCGCGCUCGCCGGUCAACGUGGAGAGCCUGCUGGAUGGCCUGAAUUCAUUGGUUCUUGAUCUGGAUUAUCCAGCACUGAGGAAAAACAAGAACAUAGAUAAUUUCUUAAAUAGAUAUGAGAAAAUUGUGAAAAAAAUUCGAGCUUUACAAAUGAAAGCUGAAGACUAUGAUGUUGUUAAAGUGAUUGGAAGAGGUGCUUUUGGAGAAGUGCAGCUGGUUCGCCAUAAAUUGACUCAGAAAGUUUAUGCAAUGAAGCUUCUUAGUAAAUUUGAAAUGAUCAAAAGAUCAGAUUCAGCCUUUUUCUGGGAAGAAAGAGAUAUCAUGGCCUUUGCCAACAGUCCAUGGGUUGUUCAGCUGUUUUGUGCCUUUCAAGAUGACAAAUACCUGUACAUGGUAAUGGAAUACAUGCCAGGUGGAGAUCUUGUAAACCUUAUGAGCAAUUAUGAUGUGCCUGAAAAAUGGGCUAAAUUCUACACAGCUGAAGUUGUUCUUGCUCUGGAUGCAAUCCACUCCAUGGGCUUGAUCCACAGAGAUGUGAAGCCUGACAACAUGCUUUUGGAUAAACAUGGGCACCUGAAGCUGGCAGAUUUUGGCACUUGUAUGAAAAUGGAUGAAACAGGCAUGGUGCGUUGUGAUACAGCUGUUGGAACACCUGACUACAUAUCACCCGAAGUACUUAAGUCACAAGGAGGUGAUGGCUACUAUGGACGGGAAUGCGACUGGUGGUCUGUAGGAGUUUUUCUUUUUGAGAUGCUAGUUGGUGAUACUCCAUUUUAUGCAGACUCAUUAGUAGGAACAUACAGUAAAAUCAUGGAUCACAAAAACUCACUAAUUUUCUCAGAAGAAGUGGAAAUCUCUAAGCAUGCAAAGAAUCUCAUCUGUGCCUUUUUAACUGACAGGGAGGUGCGACUUGGGAGGAAUGGGGUAGAAGAAAUUAAACAGCACCCUUUCUUUGAGAGUGAUCAGUGGAACUGGGAUAAUAUUCGAGAGACUGCUGCUCCUGUGGUACCUGAGCUUAGCAGUGACAUAGACAGCAGUAAUUUUGAUGAUAUUGAGGAUGACAAAGGAGAUGUGGAAACCUUUCCAAUUCCCAAAGCCUUUGUGGGAAACCAGCUGCCUUUUAUAGGAUUUACCUACUACAGAGACAAUUUGUUGUUAAGUGACUAUCCUCAGUCUUGUAGAGAAAAUGAAUCCAUGCAGCUUAGCAAAAAUGAGGACAGCAAAGAGUUUCAAAAAAAGUUAAACAAGUUAGAAGAGCAGCUCAACAAUGAAGCACAGGCCAAAGAUGAAUUAGAACAGAAGUACAGGUCUACUAAUGCUCGUUUAGAGAAGAUCGUGAAAGAACUAGAUGAAGAGGUAACCUCAAGGAAGAAUGUAGAAUCUUCAUUAAGACUCCUAGAAAGAGAGAAGGCUCUUCUUCAGCACAAGAAUGCAGAGUAUCAGAGGAAAGCGGAACAUGAAGCAGAUAAAAAACGCAAUUUGGAAAAUGAAAUGAACAGUUUGAAAGACCAGCUUGAAGAUUUGAAAAAGAGAAAUCAGAACUCUCAAAUAUCAAAUGAGAAAAUCAAUCAGUUACAAAGACAGCUGGAUGAAGCAAAUGCUUUGCUGCGUACAGAGUCUGAUACUGCAGCCAGGUUAAGGAAGAAUCAGACAGAAAGUACAAAACAGAUCCAGCAGUUGGAAGCUAAUAAUCGUGAACUGCAAGAUAAACACUGCAUGCUAGAGAAUGCUAAACUCAAACUUGAGAAAGACUUCCUCAAUCUUCAGUCAGCUUUAGAAUCAGAAAGACGAGAUCGAAGCCAUGGAUCGGAGAUUAUUAGUGAUCUGCAAGGUCGAAUAUCUGGCUUGGAAGAAGAAGUAAAAACUGGAAAGAGCGCACUAGCCAAAAUGGAAAUGGAGAAGAGGCAAUUAGAGGAGAAGCUUACAGAUUUGGAAAAGGAGAAGAACAACAUGGAAAUAGACAUGACAUACAAAUUCAAAGUUUUGCAACAGAACUUGGAACAGGAAGAAGCUGAACAUAAAGCUACAAAAGCACGAUUAGCAGACAAAAAUAAGAUUUAUGAAUCUAUUGAAGAAGCAAAAUCAGAAGCCAUGAAAGAAAUGGAAAAGAAACUCUUGGAAGAAAGAGUUUCAAAGCAAAAAGUAGAAAACUGCAUGUUAGAAGUUGAGAAGCGGUGUUCAAUGUUGGACUGUGAUCUCAAACAAUCACAGCAGAAAAUAAAUGAACUCCUGAAGCAAAAGGAUAAAUUAAAUGAAGAAAUCAAAAACUUAACAUUAAAAAUAGAACAGGAAACACAGAAACGCUGCCUCACACAGAAUGACUUAAAGAUGCAAACGCAACAAGUUAACUCAUUAAAAAUGUCAGAAAAGCAGCUAAAACAAGAGAAUAACCAUCUCGUGGAAAUCAAACUGAGCUUGGAAAAGCAAAAUAAUGAACUCCGCAAGGAACGUCAAGAUGCAGAUGGACAAAUGAAAGAGCUUCAAGACCAGCUUGAAGCUGAACAAUAUUUCUCAACCUUGUACAAGACACAGGUUCGAGAGCUGAAAGAAGAAUGUGAAGAAAAAACUAAACUCUGUAAAGAAAUACAGCAAAAGAUACAAGAGUUACAAGAUGAGAGAGACUCCUUGGCUGCUCAGCUUGAGAUCACUUUGACAAAAGCUGAUUCAGAGCAACUUGCUCGCUCCAUUGCUGAAGAGCAAUAUUCUGAUUUGGAAAAAGAGAAGAUCAUGAAAGAGCUGGAGAUUAAAGAAAUGAUGGCUAGGCAUAAGCAGGAGCUUACGGAAAAAGAUGCUACCAUAGCUUCUUUGGAAGAAGCCAAUAGGACACUAACUAGUGAUGUGGCUAAUCUUGCUAAUGAGAAGGAAGAGCUGAAUAAUAAACUGAAAGAAGCUCAAGAAGAAAUUAUGAUGCUAAAAGAAGAAGCAGCAGCUACAGUAACUAUUAAAGCACAACUUGAGAAACAGCUGUUGAACGAGAGAACACUGAAAACCCAGGCUGUGAACAAGCUGGCUGAGAUCAUGAAUCGGAAGAAUCCUGUCAAACGUGGAGCUGACACUGAUGUGCGGAGGAAAGAAAAGGAAAACAGGAAGCUGCAUAUGGAACUGAAAUCUGAACGUGAAAAUUUAACUCAAAUGAUGAUCAAAUAUCAAAAGGAGAUCAAUGAGAUGCAGGCGCAAAUAGCUGAAGAGAGCCAGAUACGAAUCGAACUGCAGAUGACACUUGACAGCAAAGAUAGUGACAUUGAACAACUUCGCUCACAGCUGCAGUCAUUGCAUAUUGGUCUAGAUAAUAGUAGCAUAGGUAGUGGCCCUGGGGAUGCUGAGGCAGAUGAUGGAUUCCCUGAGUCAAGAUUAGAGGGCUGGUUAUCACUCCCAGUCCGGAAUAACACUAAGAAAUUUGGAUGGGUUAAAAAGUAUGUCAUUGUAAGCAGUAAGAAGAUUCUAUUCUAUGAUAGUGAACAAGAUAAAGAACAAUCGAACCCUUAUAUGGUGUUAGAUAUAGACAAAUUGUUCCAUGUUCGGCCAGUCACACAGACCGACGUAUACAGAGCAGAUUCUAAGGAGAUUCCUAGGAUAUUCCAGAUUUUGUAUGCUAAUGAAGGGGAAAGCAAAAAGGAACAAGAAUUUCUUGUGGAGCCCAUGGGGGAGAAAUCAAAUUACAUUUGCCACAAAGGACAUGAGUUCAUACCUACUCUGUAUCAUUUUCCAACCAACUGUGAGGCUUGUAUGAAGCCACUGUGGCACAUGUUUAAACCUCCUCCUGCCCUAGAGUGCCGUCGUUGCCAUAUCAAAUGUCACAAAGAUCACAUGGAUAAAAAGGAAGAUAUUAUAGCACCUUGCAAAGUAUAUUAUGAUAUUUCAACGGCAAAGAAUCUACUACUGUUAGCCAAUUCUACAGAGGAACAGCAGAAAUGGGUCAGCCGAUUGGUGAAAAAGAUUCCAAAAAAGCCUCCAGCCCCAGACUCUUUUGCUCGAUCUUCUCCUAGAACUUCCAUGAAGGUACAGCCAAACCAGUCUGUUAGACGGCCAAGCCGACAGCUUCCUCCAAACAAACCAAGCUAACUGCCUUCUGUGAAUGCAGUCACAAUUCAAGGUGAUAAUUUUCUUCCCGUUAAAAUAAGACUGAAACAUAUCCCAAAAUUUAUUAAAAUAUAUAUUUUCCUGAGAGACUGUACUCUAUAUAUCAGAGGUUUACAAGUUUUGCUGCAAUAUAAAUUACUAAUCUCUGAGGGUUUUCCUGUAAUCCCUUGGGGUGACCGAUCAAAUGAGGAAUGGUUGGUAAUAGUAUAAGGAUACUUUUAGGUAACCCAUUAGACUCUUGUUCCACAAAAGCUUUCUUGUCAAGACGCAUACAUGCACACUACAUUUCAUACAGGAUUGAAAAGAAUGAAAAUUUAAACUGAGAAGAUUCACCUUUUGUAGACAGAUGUCAUCGGUAUGUUUGCAAGAAUGGGAGAAAGAUCUACCAAGUGGUAUGGACUUUCAUCUUCAAGAAGUGACCAUUAUACUGUGUAUAUAUAUUGUACUGUAAUACUGCAAGAGGGUUUUAAAAAAACUUUCCACUUUAUUUUUUUAUGCAUAUUAAUCAGAUACCAUUACUUACUGCAGUUGCAACUAUGCACUUGUACAAAGCCAUAAUGUUGAAGUUUAUAUCAUCCAUACAUGUUUAUCAAAAGCUGCAUGCCAGUGUUCAGCAGCUAGUAUAAUGAAAAGUUUGACGUAUAUACUGGUUUCAGUUAUUUCAUAAUGGGCAGUUCUGUUUUACCUAUUUGAAUGCCUUAAUUUAAUUUUUAAGUUCUUUGCCCAUUCUCUAUAUUUAAAAAAAUGAAAAACGUUUACCAGCUCUUAGGACACAAAUUUGCUUUGUGGCAGAAAAAAUAGUGCACUAUUUUUACACGUAAUUAUAUCAAUGUCAGCCUAUUUUGAAUGUAUAUUGAAUGGUUCUGAGGGAGGGGGGACAUAUUGGUUACAGAAACAUUAACUGAUAGUAUUGGAACUAAUAUAUCUUUCAUGUGUACAUGUAACUGGCCACCCAGCCCUUUUUACAAACCCCAAUAUUAGUCAUUGACUUUAUAUUACCCUUAAUUAAGUGCUAUGAAACUUAAUUUUGCCUUGUUUUACAUACUCCUAGAUGUGUUUUUAUUUCUGGAAAAAAAAUCUGUGACUCUUUUUACAUUUCACAAUACAAUACCCAAGGACUGUCACAAACUUUAAAGGAGGCUGGAACAUACUGUAGAUGUAUUUUAAAUUUAAAAAUCCAGUUCUCUAGCACAUAGCUGUAGGGAUAGAAAGUAUUUCAGUAGUGUGUUUUGAGAACUUAUAGCUGGGAAAGAGGGCCUCAGAGAUAUUUCAUCUGAUUUUGUUUUUUACUUGGACUUGUACAAAAAUAUAAUUUAUGUGGGCUCAUUCAUGGUGUGUUCAUAACUAUCCCAGAAAAUGCAUGUUUUAUACAACUACAGUAUGCUAUGUUAAACAUAUUGACAGUAAAAGAAAUAUGUAGCUUC